CGACUCAUUUCUUAGAUUGGAGAAAAGGAGUUCGAUGAUCUGAAAUACUGCAAGAGGAGUACAUCAUCCACGUACAUCUACGUAGUUGUACGUUAUUUUCACGUUAUUUUUAUUUGCAAUGAACUGUGAAAAGUCAGGUUUGAGUCAGGUUUAACAACUCAUAUGUCCCGUAAAUACGUCUGAAAAGCGGAGGUUUCUGAGAUACUGUGGAGAACUAUUGGAAAGAAAAGGAUAUAUUGAAGCAAGGGAAACAUCUCUUUGUUGUAUUUCAAACAUGGAAGGCGAUAUGUUUGAUUUUCCAGGAGAAGAAGGCAACGGGAAUGAUCCAGUUCCUAGUCGGGAAGCCCAUGUUGCUCUUAGGGAAGGUAAAGAUAUUAAAACUUUAAAAGUGAUAAGGGGUGUACUUCUUUGUUUUGAAAAAAAUGCACCAAAGGGUUGCCUCCAUCUUAGGUUUACCUAAGAAGCAUUAUCACCCAACUUGGUCUCAGUUGUUCAAAGUGUUGGAUAUCGCUAUCCAGUGGAUAAAUAUCAGGGGAAACCAAUUUCGGUUUCCUCUGAAUGAUAACGUUGUCCACCUUUGAACAACUGGAACCUGAAGGCAAUACGUACAGCAUCACGAAUGACUGACAACUGCUUUUAUUUCACCAAACGUUAGACUGCAUUCUUUAAUUAAAGAAAUAUUCGACGACAGAAGUCCUAGCAAGUUAAUGACUGUAGUUCCAAGGGCUGUCAUUAACAGAUGGGGACCGGGGAUUUCCCCCGGCUACUAUGAAUGUGGCCCCCGGCUGCUUUCAUAGGAAAAUAGAAGAAAAAUAGAACCAAACAAAAUCCCUAGCUUUUUUAUUCCCUGCCUACUUGUUGUAUUUACACGGCAACUUGAAAUCUUAAUGACAACCCUGAGUUCCUUUAGUCUAUCAGUCAGUUCAUGUAUCAUUGAAAAGGUGCAUGUAUCCUGCUAUUAUCAAAGAGAUACUGUGUUUAAAACAUGCAUAGCAAGUUGGUCACCACUGUUCAACUCGUGUUUCUGGUGAAUAAAAAAAACUGAGUGAAGUUUCAUGAAUGAAAAUAGCAAGAUGCCCUCAGUUAUCUUUCAGUUUCUAACCUUCCAGUCUUUCAAUCUGAUGUUUUGAUGACAAAGCAUGCUUUUUUUUGUUCUGCUUGAAUGGUUGUCAAAUUACGCAUAAUGAUUAUUGUUAUUCUUUCCUAUUCCUUUAUGGUCAAAUCACUUACUACAUGUCCAGUUAAAAACGCCAUUAACUCAACAUGUACUUACUUACACUGCAAAUAAUAGUGAGAUCAACUUGCCCGCCCUUGCACAUACCUACAAUCGUGGACAAAAGCCUUGGGACACUUUUUCAUUUCUGAGGCAUUUUCCAAUUCACACAGGUCCAACCCCUCCCCUCACCCCACAAACAAUGUUGGACGCAUGUAUCCAGAAUUUUUUCUGAGUUUCAACUUUGUAUAGGAUGGGGGAGGGAGAACUGCAAGAAAAUUUUGAAAAGGAUGCACUGUUUUAUGAGGGAACCCAGAAUGACAGGAAAAUAUGAAUAUUGUGUUAAUUGUAGUUAUGUGUGAUAAAAAAUUUGCGCCAGGGUUAGUUGAGGACAAACUCAAUUUAGUUCAGUGAAAGUGGAGAUGUGAUGUUGCAAGCUAUUGGACAUUUACAAAAGCUACAGCCAAACAUAGUCUGAACUCAUGCACAUUUACUGCUUCUAAUAACUUUAUGCAGCUCUCUUUGGUCAGAGCAUUUACAGGGCUUGGAAUAACAGCCGGUCAACAGACAAUGUCUGGUCAAAAGUAGGCUUUAUUCAGCCAAAUCCCUAGAUGACUGGACACAAAUGUCUGAUAGUUUACGUAUGCUUAUCAAAUGGAAAAUUGAAUUUUAUUAAAUAUAUAGAGAUUUGAUGUAAUAGAUACUUGUCUAGCCAAAAAGGUUUUGUGUCCUAGCAAAACAGGCUUGACCAGACAACUUUACCAAUGCCAACGGUAAAAUUAUUUCAAGCCUUGAUUUACUGAUCUUAUUAAACUUAAAACUAACUUUACUGUCCAUUUCUUGAAUGUACAUCAUCUGACAAUCAGCAUUCAAAAGUCUUCAAAAACGUUAUACAGAGUUGGUGCAACAGUUUGCUGAAUUACAGACAAAGAUGAAAGUGAGAGAGAGAAGGGGGUCACACAGCAGAGUUUACCAAGAGAGAGAUGAACUGCAUAACCUCUUACAGAAAAGCUAUAUUGCUUUCAAAGAAAAGCAUGGUGAAAAUGAACAAUUGAAGAAGAUUAUACAAGAGCUAAAGGAGAAUUUAAGAAUGACACAAGAGGGUCUUCCAAAGGUAUUUGUGCACUCACAGUGUAACCUAUUAAGGCACACCUAAUUGCUUAGAAAAGACUUAUUCAAAAUUCCUGGAGCUAAAUGUUUGUGCUUAAAGGGGAUAUGUCACGUGGAUAGAGUGGUUUUCGUUUGAGUGUCGUAAAACCAAAACCAAAGUAAUUACUCUGGCCAAUC